AUGAAUCUACCAUUUCAAAGAUACAAGUUAGAUCGGACGACUAGUCAAGCCCCCGACACGUUCGCAAGAGCCUCCCCCUUCACCAUUACCCAAUUGCCAUCGUCACUAGCAGCUCCAGCACCAGAUCUACCAGCCAGCAUGAUCACCGCCCGCGAAAUCGACCCGUGCGAGUCCAAGAUGCUCACAACCAAGCUUCAGGUCCACGUCGCGCCAAGCACAGCCGACAGCAGCAGCAGUAGCGACUACGACAGCAGCCCGGUCGACGAAGAGAGCAGGAAGGAGCUCGUGCGGCGCGGCGCUGUCGGUCGUCGGUGCGCCGUCGUGGCGCUGCCUGCCGACGUGCUCGCCGCCAUCGCGGAGAUCGCCGAGCUCAAGUGGUAA